CCCUGUGUUACUACAGGUGGGCUACUAGUGAGACCAAGAGACUGCUUUUGUUCUCCUGGUAAACAGGUUUCUAUGUAGUACAAAGUAUUGCUUUAAAGUAAUAUUUUUCAAUUUUCUAUUUGAAUCUGCUUUUAGAACUUAUUCUAAAAUUGCCUCCACCGCCUGUUCUAGUGCACUACCAUCACACCAAUAUAAACACCUUCAUUUUAAUGCUAAAAACCUUUGCGAAAGGUGAAAACAUUGAUCCAUACUAGUUUUUCUUUCAAUUAGGCCAGACUACUCAGUGCCAAAUAUAUACCAAUGCUCAAAAAUAGUGCAUAAGAAAAUCUGUCAGUUUUAUCACAAUGAAAAUACAUAUGUUUGAUGUGUCAUGUAGAGGUUAUAAGCAGUAAUUGGUCUCAGGAUACAAGCAGUAGUGUAUAAAAUCUACUGUGCAAUUGAAACAUGCUUUAUUAAAUCCAGGAAUUAAAGGAGUGUUGGCUGCGCUUUGUGCGGCAGACAUUCCCAAAUAGUUAGCUCAGGACUUCAUAGUGUACAAUCCUUUCCACGGAAAUUUGAAACCCUUCAAAACGUUUGCAUUUCUUCAAGUAAAAGAUGAACUGCUUUGGGGUAACUUCACUGAUUUGUCUCCAUAUUUGUUUGCUCAGUUUAGGAGAGACUGUCAUAAGUAAUGGCAAGCCUUGUUCAUCUAAGGGCACAAGGAAUGUUGGAGCUGUGGAGGAACCACUCAAGGCAGAAGAGAAAAAUAAAUCUGCAGAUAUUUCAAAACAAAAAGACCAAUGCCUUGUACCAUGUGAUGUUCAAGCUAAAAUUUUACGAGGGGAAAAACAUUACAUGUGCAGAAAUUUGCAGAACUCACUUGUUGAAUAUGCAAGAAGCACAAAAAAAAUGGUAAGGAACAUGAUGGAUGAUCAACAGUCUUCUUUGGACUACCUUUCUAAUCAGGUAAAUGAAGUCAUGAACAGACUUCUUCUUUUGAAUGCAGAAGUUUUGAGAAAGCAUUUGGAUCCACUUCCUUACAAAGCAGUUCAGUCUCAUGGCUUGGAUUGCACUGAUAUCAAAGAUACUGUUGGUUCAGUUUCAAAAACUCCAACUGGUCUGUACAUUAUCCAUCCAGAAGGAUCAAAUUUUCCUUUUGAGGUUUUGUGUGACAUGGAUUUUCAAGGAGGUGGAUGGACCGUGAUUCAGAAAAGAACUGACGGAAUCAUUCCAUUCCAGAGAACAUGGUCUGAAUAUCUGGAUGGAUUUGGUGGCCUUUCUGGGGAAUUUUGGCUUGGAUUGAGGAAGAUUUUUCACAUAGUAAAUCAAAAGGCCACUAGUUUCCGUCUUUAUGUGGAUUUGGAAUCAGAAAAUGAUAAGCAUGCCUAUGCAUCAUAUGAUGGAUUUUGGAUAGAGGAUGAAGCGUGUUCUUUUAAGAUCCAUUUGGGACGUUAUUCAGGAAAUGCUGGUGAUGCAUUUAGAGGAUACAGAAAAGAAGAUAACCAGAAUUCAAUGCCUUUCAGCACAUUUGAUGUUGAUAACGAUGGAUGCAGGCCAAUGUGCACUAUUAAAGAGCAGCCUGUAAAGAGCUGCAGUAACUUCAGUGAUAACACUGGGUGGUGGUUCAACCAGUGUGGCCUUGCAAAUCUCAAUGGUGUUCAUCGCUACACAGGUAGACUUCUUUCAACUGGGAUUCACUGGGAUACAUGGACAAUGAACAACAAGCCAAUCAAAAUUAAAUCAGUUUCAAUGAAAAUUCGGAGAAGUUACAAUCCUUAUUUCCGUUAGGCUAUGAAAAUAGAAAUACAUCUCUUCUUGCAGUUAUGUGGGAUAAUGUAUCACUGCAUUAUAAAUGCCUUUCAUUUUCACUUCAACAGCUCAAUCUUAAACUUUAUUAGAUAUUUCCAUAAUACUCAUUUUUAUUAUGAAGUGACAAUAUUUGUUGUGCUCCUGCUUAAGUAAGAAGGUCAUAAGAAGAAUAGGGUUUUCAGAAAAUGAUGAACUUUGGAGUUUGUCAGCUUU